CGACACAGGAAAGUUCUGUUGCGGAAGACGAUCGGAUGAGAAGGAGAUGGCUAGGCUCAGAUAGCUCCGAGUUUGAUGCUAAAUCUCAAUAUGGAUGUUCUCCGGAUGAAACUAAGCACCGAAACGCGACUGCUUGGCCUCGCGGUGGUGUUUAUGUGGGGUGUUAGCUCCGUGUGCUGUUUCGGGCAAAACCAAGACAGCGAGUUUACGUUUCUGCUUCCAGCCGGAAGAUCCGAGUGUUUCUAUCAGACUGCUCUAAAGAAUGGCACGAUGGAGGUCGAGUAUCAGGUGAUAGCAGGUGCUGGAAUGGACGUGGACUUCGCCAUCCUCUCCCCUAAAGGAGUCCGGCUCAUCACGGAAUCUCGCCGGUCCGACGGAAUCCACACGGUGGAGCCCACCGAGGAGGGAGACUACGAAAUCUGCUUUGACAACAGCUUCAGCCGCUUCUCAGAGAAGAUGGUGUUCUUUGAGAUCAUCGUGGAGGGGCAGGGCGGGGAUGUGGGCGGAGUUGAAGAGUGGCAGGGGUUAGAGGAGCCGGAUGGAAGUCUGCUGGAAUACAAACUGGAAGACAUCAGGGAGUCCAUGGAGUCUCUGCACAAGCGUUUGGAACGCAGCCGGCAGAUGCAGACGGUGCUGCGAGCUUUCGAGGCGCGAGACCGAAACCUUCUGGAGGAUAACCUCUGGAGGGUCUCGUUCUGGUCGUGUGCCAGCGUGUUGGUAAUGUUGUGCGUGGCCUUUACUCAGGUCUACACGGUUCGCAGACUGUUUGAUGAUAAGCGGAGAGUCUACACAUAGACCAGCAGUCGUAGGAGACGGACCAGGAGAGAGGAUAGUCGGAUAGCAAUAAUGGCAUUUUAUUAUUGAACCGUAACAGGAAUUGAGAAGGUGACGUCGGUUCUUUCAUUUCAUUUAGUGCCUUUAUUCGCAGCUCUCACUGUAAACUGAUGAGGAAAUCCCUGUUGAAGUAACCCUGCUGGUGAUGAGAUUUUUAUGUAAGGUUAAGUCAGUCGUUGGUAAAGGUGGGAGGUCACUGGUGACGCAGGUUCACUGAGAGGAUACCGAUGUGCAAUAGUGGUGCUUGUUCCAGUGGUUUCAACAGCGUAGGACUCGGGACUUCAGGGGUUUAGACUUCUCCAUGGUGGGUUUUUAAAGGGUACCGUUUUAUUUCAUGUGCCAGCAGACAUCCAUGCUGGGAAUCGUUUGUUUUUUAAGUGAAGAAAAAAAGGAAUAAUGAUCAAGAUAAAAUACGUGCGUCUCUGAAAUCGGUUCAGCUGUUUGUAAUGAUUCAUGUGAACAGAACUAGUUAUUUCUUUAGUUUUUACAUUUGUCUAUAAGAUGAUGGAUUUUUGUUUGUCUACAGUUUGAUUCUCCAUGUUUGUUUACAUGUUCUAUGAGAUUUCAAAAAUACCAGGUUCCAUCUUUAUUCGUGAUAAUAAAUGAUUUUUUACACACA